CUGCGCUGUAACCCGACUCCGCGCUCCGCUCCUGGGGGGCGGGAGCCCAGCGGCCUUGGCCCCGCGGCCCGAGCGCCGAGUGCCACAUCACUGCGCCGCCGCCGCCCGCCCGCCGCCCACCAUGCGGCCCCCGCCGCCGCCCUUGCUGCUACUCGCCGCGCUGGCCGCCGCCGCCGCCGGGCCGGGGUGCCCGCUCGCCCGGGGACCCGCCGGUGAAUGCCACGGGCCGUGGGCUGCACACAGUGCCACGUGUGUGGACAUGCCUCUCCGGACCUGCAGUGACGUGGCCUACAACCAGACGACCUUCCCCACCCUGCUGGAGCACCGGUCCCGGGAGGCGGUGGAGUCCAGCUCCGAGUACAUCCUGCUGAGCGUCCUGCACCACCUGCUCGAGGGCCAGUGCAACCCCGACCUGCGGCUGCUGGGCUGCGCCGUGCUGGCCCCCCGCUGCGAGGGCGGCCGGGUGCGCAGGCCCUGCAGGCACGUGUGCGAGGGGCUGCGGGCGGCCUGCCGGCCCGCCUUCGACGCCAUCGACAUGGCCUGGCCCUACUUCCUCGACUGCGGCCGCUACUUCGCGAGCGUGGAGGAGGGCUGCUACGACCCCCUGGAGAAGCUGCGAGAAGGCCUGGACGUGGAUGAGGCGCUGCCCUCGGGCCUGCCGCCGACCUUCAUUCGCUUCACACACCACUCCUACGCCCAGAUGGUGCGCGUGCUGAGGCGGACGGCGGCCCGCUGCGCCCCCAUCGCCAAGACCUACAGCAUCGGCCGGAGCUUCAACGGCAAGGAGCUGCUGGUCAUUGAGUUCUCGGCCCGCCCUGGCCAGCACGAGCUGAUGGAGCCUGAGGUGAAGCUCAUCGGCAACAUCCAUGGCAAUGAGGUGGCAGGGCGGGAGAUGCUCAUCUACCUGGCCCAGUACCUGUGCUCCGAGUACCUGUUGGGCAGUCCCCGUAUCCAGCGCCUGCUCAACACUACCCGCAUUCACCUGCUGCCCUCCAUGAACCCCGACGGGUACGAGGUGGCGGCUGCCGAGGGCGCCGGCUACAACGGGUGGACAAGCGGGAGGCAGAAUGCACAGAACUUGGAUCUGAACCGCAACUUCCCUGACCUGACGUCUGAGUACUACCGCCUGGCCGAGGCCCGUAGCGUGCGCGGCGACCACAUCCCCAUCCCGCAGCAGUACUGGUGGGGUAAGGUGGCCCCCGAGACCAAGGCGAUAAUGAAGUGGAUGCGGACCACCCCGUUCGUGCUCUCGGCCAGCCUCCACGGGGGCGACCUUGUGGUGUCUUACCCCUUCGACUUCUCCAAGCACCCCCAGGAAGAGAAGAUGUUUUCUCCCACGCCCGAUGAGAAGAUGUUCAAGCUGCUGGCCAGGGCCUAUGCUGAUGUUCACCCCAUGAUGAUGGACAGGUCGGAGAACAGGUGUGGCGGCAACUUCCUGAAGAGGGGCAGCAUCAUCAACGGGGCGGACUGGUACAGCUUCACCGGAGGCAUGUCGGACUUCAACUACCUGCACAGCAACUGCUUCGAGAUCACGGUGGAGCUGGGCUGCGUCAAGUUCCCCCCGGAGGAGGCCCUCUACACGAUCUGGCAGCACAACAAGGAGCCCCUCCUGAACUUCGUGGAGAUGGUGCACCGCGGCAUCAAAGGUGUGGUGAUGGACAAAUUUGGCAAGCCGGUCAAAAACGCCCGGAUUUUGGUCAAGGGCAUCCGCCAUGACAUCACCACAGCCCCAGAUGGCGACUACUGGAGACUGCUACCUUCGGGGUCCCACAUCGUCAUAGCUCAGGCCCCCGGCUACUCCAAGGUCAUCAAGAAGGUCACCAUCCCUGCCCGGAUGAAGAGGGCUGGCCGUGUGGACUUCAUUCUCCAGCCUCUGGGACCCAAGAAGCUUCUCCUCGGGCUACGGAGAAAUGGGUCUGGGCCCCGAGACCCGCCGGGAGGUGCCAGCCCAUAUGGGGAGCCCGAGGAGCCGGGCUGGGAGCCCCUCGGGGGACGGAGGCAGCCCUCUGCGGGCGGGAGCAAGCCAUGGUGGUGGUCCUACUUCACGUCCCUGAGUCAGCACAAGCCGCGCUGGCUGCUCAAGUACUAGCCUCCCCCCACCCUCUGGCCCAGAGGCUCCAGGCUCUUGAUUUUGUCUUCAGAAGACACCCUGUAAAGCUGUUUCUGUUUUAUUAAAGUCAUUUUAUUUACUGUC